GGAAACACAGCAGCACAGACAGAGGGCCCAUUCUUACACAAAGUGGGCAGGGUGCAGUGACGUUGUGACCAAAACACACGCUCACUCAUAGAGAGGAGGAGGAAGAGGAGGAGGAGGAGAAUGGGAAAAGGGAAACAAGGGUAAAGAGGGAAACAGGAACAGAAAGUGAAGACUUGUCAAGAUGUCUGGGUGAGGGGGACCAGAACAGAGAAGAAGCCUGAUGCCAAAACAGAAACAACUGAAGUCUGAGCAGCUGACGGGAUUAGAGAGCAGGGCGAGCUGACCUGCCACUUCACAUGUGCCUGCGGGGACACACCCCCAUUGGACCUCAUCCCUAAAAAACGUAACUGAAAAGGGCGACAGAGGCAUACUUUUUGAGGAAUACUAAGCAGCAUAAACAAACUUGGCUGGAGAGCAGAUUUGGGCUUUUUCUUCAACAUCAAGAUUGUUACAACUGGGAUAUUUCAAAGAAAACUUUGCUAUAAACAAAUGAGCUUUUGGUCUUCUGGAUUUGUUUAAAGAAUGCUUGGGGCACUUCAAGGAAGUAGACAUACAUGAAGUCACCCUGCAUGAUUCCAGUGUUUCCAUUUGACAUAAACAAAACAAGCCUGAGUGCAAGCCUCAUCAGAUAGUGCUGUAAAUUCUUUAGAAGUAGAAAGCAGGAGCACAUGAAAGUUCAACGUCAAGUCACCAAAAUAAUCGAACCCGACAGACUGAAAACUUUAAAGCUGAAACCAUACUGCAUAAAAAAAAAAAACGUUCAACUUAAAUGAACACCAUUUCGUAAUUAUGUGAGUGUCUCCAGCUGGCUAAUACACACAUUAACUGACUUGCAAACUUCACAACCCUCUAAAGGAUUUAUUAAAACUUUACAACUGCCAGACAAACUUAAUUAGAAGGAGCCACGACUCCAUACCGAAGCGCCAUGGAUGAGGGAACAGACAGCAUCCGGGAUUUUUUCCACCAAUUUUGGAGCUUUGCUACAGAGAAACACAACCAGGGGGUGUACAACACAGUGUGCCUGGUGGUGCUCCUAACUCUGCCCCUGCUCGUCCUCCUUACCACUUUGGUCGUGUGCUGCCACUGCUGCUGCUGUCGCCAUGCCAACUGCUGCUGUUGCAAGGACACAAUGGCAACUGCAAGGUCAGAAACGAAGAAGAAAAAGAACUCCAGUGAGGACUUGUGGAUCUCCGUCAAGACGGGGCCGAUGACGCCUGACAGGGUCGCCCUGGCCAUGGAGUAGGAAACUGUUCUUUAUUUCAGUGCAGAGGAGCUGAUGGAGUGUCUUGAACAACUCAGCUCAAAAGGACCUUGUUUCAAGGGGUCCUAUUAUGCUUUUUGGGGUUUUCCCUUUCCUGUAAUGUUACAUAGGUUCUGCAUGUAAAUUGUCUGCAAAGAAUUAAAACCCAAAGUUCCCUCCAGUGGGAGUUCCUCUCCAACUCACUGCCCCCCUGCCUGAAACGCCUCCAUUAGACUCUUUUGUUUAUUUUCGUAACAUAGUGAAAUCACUAUGUAACAAGCGCACUUCUAUUGAAUAGCGUUAUGGGGCAGGACAUCUCUAAGCUGUUGACAAAUCACAACAGAGCUGGCCAGCUAACCAAUCAGAGCAGACUGGGCUCUGGUUUCAGACGGAGGGUGAAAAGAGGUGAAAUUAAGCACUUUUUGAACAUUAAAGCAUGGAAACAUGUCGAGGUAGAGGCACAAAAUAAAAUUCUGAAACCUGAAAAGGAGCAUAAUAGGGCCCCUUCAAACUUUUGGGAAAGAUGCUCCAUUGUAAUGGGUACAGAUUUAGUUGAACAAUGUAAACACUGUACAGAUUUUUGUCAUUUUGCAUAAUGUUGUUUGUGAGAAGGUUUACAACAUUUUGUAUAAGCUUUUAAGUGUGUGGUACAUAACGGGAAAACAUUGCAGAGGCACAUACAUACGUCAAAAUGUGUAUGCAUUUGUGUGUGUGUGUGUGUGUGUGUGUGGGGGGGGGGGGUGCGUGCGUGAGUGUGUGUGCAUGUGUCAAUGAGCAGGUCAGAGAGAGAGAGAGAGAGUGUGUGUAAGAGAGAAGUACAGUGUUAUUGAGAGCACUUUGUUUUUAGAGCUCCCAUGUGAAAUUCAUUGAGUCUGUAUUCAGGGGAGCGAGCCAAUUUAAAGCCUGCCCAGCGUUCAUGACUGUUAUACUGCCUUCUUUUCACAUUCAUACUUCAAUCUAGACCCAUGAAACGCUCUCGCUUUCAAAAAUGCUUUACCAACGGCCAAGUUUAACUCAAAGGAUGCAGAGGAUAUCUCAAACUUCUCUUAUUUAGAUUUGUUUUUCCUCCUCUUACUUUAUUUUAAAAAUAUGAUACAGAGUGUGCCAUCGAGAGACACUUCUCUUAGAUUUGGUUUUUGAGAUGCAGUCGCAGUAUUCAGAUCCAGUGUGAAUGAGAGGCAAAAUACACAAUCCAAAGUAAAACAAAUAUUCAAAAUUUAAGAGAUCGUCAUCUUCAUUGUGUGCAUGUCAGUGUGGUCCUGAUUUAGGAUUUGUGUGCUUUAUAAUCCCUACAUAAAAUAAGAUUGUUAUUUAGCUGAUCAUUUUAGCUUUUGUUGUAACUAAAAAUAUUUUAGUGCUACACAUUCAAAUGUACUUUGCAGAAAACAUAUCACUGAGCAAAAUGUAAUAACAUUUAGAAAUUGUGCCAGUUUAUUGUUUUAAUAAAAAAAUAGAAAAAAAGUGUAACGUAAUUCUUAGACGUUUGAUAAGUACAGUCCAAGUUUCGUCAAAAUCAAUAAAACAUGUACAGCAUACUGCAUUUUAAACAUUAAUUUCAGAAAAAAAACAACAAAGUUAAAAUGUUAUAUCUAAGUAAUAAUCAUACAAUAUGCAUAGAGUCAAAAAAACGAGGUAAAAAAGUUAUUUCCUGUUAAAUAUUCAGAGACAAGACACUUUGAAAUAAUCAAAUGAUUUUGGGCUGGUGGAUUGUGCCGGAAGGCUCAUACUUUGUUUAAGCACACAACAUCUCAAAGCUCAAUUAAGCAGAGGGGUCUCAGCAGUAUCAUUGUGUUCAGGAAUUAGUGUACACUGGCACUAAGUUGAUCUUCUUGCUCAAGUGCUGCUGCAAACAGGCACCAAGUCAUUUCAUUACUGAUCAGACAGUUACAUUCCCAUGUGGCAGCUGGGGUUUGUCUCUUAUGCUUCAUGUUCGGAGAGAGACUGUACUUUGAAAGCCUGCCCUGCAAAAUAAAAGUGUCUGUAGCAAUACUUAAUCACUAACAAAUGCUCUCGCCCACACUGUAAGGACUGCCAACAGAUGACGUCAGCCACAAGUUUAGUUUACCAAGUUUCUAUCAAUUAUUGCAGACUGUCACAAGCCUUGUUAACAGCAUACAUAUUAAAAUCAAACAAUGAAAUGAAAUAGGUAAGAUAAUCAUUCAAUGUUAUCUUUCUUAAAGGAAUGGUUCAACAUUUUGGGUGACACUUUGCAUGCUUUCUUGCAGAGAGUUAGAGGAAAUGUCAAUGUCAACAUGUUGCUGGUUAACUACUCCUUGAAACAAGAGUAAACUAACAAGCAAUGUCUAAAGCAAAAUAUAAAUGAACAAUUUAAACAGUUUUAAAGGAAUUAUGGGCAAGAAAAUAAUGACUUUCUGAUUCUUCUUAAAGCGAUCAAUUAUUCAGGUAUGAAUGCAAAUAUUGUUCUUAUUGAUUACUUCUCAGUCUCCCCCCUGCUGCAAUAAGUUACAAGUUGACCAUAAUUUACUGAUAUUCAUUAUUUCUUUUCCAAUCCAUCAUACAGUAUUGGGGCUGUUUUUACCGCCAUGUGCUGUGAAUGUAUAUUAUGCUGAGGUGUUGGUUGCAUUAAUCAGAGAUCACUUUGUUUCCUGUUAACAUGUUCACACCAUUCACACAUUUCUCUAACACCUGUUAAGCCAUAUUGUUGAUGAUGUGCCGCACUCUGUUCUCACUUCUCUCACUUUCAACAGAUCAUAAUAUAAUUUUUAGAGGAAGUAUGUAAAUCAGCUUCCGGAGUCGAAAGGUAGCAAAAAUGAAAGGUAUGUUUUUCCCUUUGUCAGUUUGCUGUGAUCACAGGAAACAGAAAAGGGAAGAUUUGUCAUCUGUUUGAACAACAAACCUGCCGUUCUUGAAAGUUUUAGGCUAGAUAUGAUAGCAUAUCUUUUUUGAUUCCAUCCAAUUAUGCAUGAUCGUAUAUUCAGGGCAUAUUUUCUGUUGUUUUACAGAUUGAAAAAUGCUGAAGUGAUUCUUUUUGUUUUUCAAAUGAAAUGCCUCGAUGGGCUUUGCAUGAAUUAUUUAUCCUGAAACAUAGAGAUACACUGAUGAAGACAGCUCAAUGUGAAAGAUGACAGGGAGAAAAAUAAAGUAUUUUUUUUAGCUUUU